GUCAAUCCUGACAAAAGCCACUUUUUUCUAUUUCAAAAUGUUUCUCAUAUUUCCAAUCCUGGGUGUCAUCGUGUCUUAGAAGCCUAUAAGGUGGGUUCUUAUAAUCUUGUCUUUCAAAUAUUAUUUAGUCAUUCCAAUUCUCAAUAUCUAUAAUGAAUUCCUACCAGUCUCUUGUAGCUCUCACUGUUAAAUUUUCAACUGAUUCUUUCUUCAAGCUUGGUCUUAAGCCAAGCUCUUUCUGAGCGUUUUGCCUCUUGUGAUGGUAAUGCAAAAUUGUACAAUUGUUGAGCGCGGUAUCGCAGCGUUCCUGCGUAACAUUGUCCGUGUUAAGUAAUCGUUUUAUGUGAAAUCACCAAACGCAAUAAUGGGAUCCUCAGCCUGUAGACCAUCCCCUAACAAGCCUUAAGUUGUUGCAUUGCAAACAACUGCCUACUGCAUUGAGCGUCGACAUCUUGACCAGCCAGAUUAACUCUGCAUCAGCUGCUGUUUUGCUUUAAUAUUUCGUAAUAACGGUCAGGUUGUCUCAACUAUCUUGGCAGCAUGAACUCCAAUGUGUUGGUGUGGUUGGUUGUUUUGUGUUCGUCCCCUGGGAACGCAAUCAUUCGUACUGAGUAUCGUAUUCCGUUACCCUUUACGCUGGACGAGUGCCGUAUUGGGCAUUUAUGGUCCACAGCGCAGUGGGCCAUCCUUAAUAGUGAUGCUGAAGGAGGAGUCGAAAUCGUGGAGAAUGAGCCGAGUGAAUUUGGCCGUUACACCUUUAAGAUCUUCCGUGCAGACAGUAAAAUUCCAAACACCAUCAGGUUGCUUGCACCAAAAGGAUCUCUGUUUUUUAUGGAAAAGUCAUGGAAUGACUUUCCCCAAGUGAAGACCGAAGUUGGCAGCCCGUACAUGAAAGAAACGUUUCACAUUAAAACCUUUUCACGGUAUGUAGAAGCGGAUGACUGCCAACAGGAUAACAUUUUUGACGGCAUUUACUCUGGCAGUAGAACAGUAAUUCCUGUGGACAUAGUAAAUGACAAAAUAAAUCCAAAGGAGUACCGAGAAGACGAAGAUCCUUCAAAAUGUCACAGAGGAAAAUUGAAUGUCAAUCCUGACUGGAAGACUUCAGAAGUUCGCGUGUGUGUCUACAAGUUGGUGGAAUUGGAAUUCGUAUGGCACGACAUAAAUAGUGUGGAGGGUUUGAUACAGAAGGCUGCAACACAAUAUUUCAGGCAGCUUCAUCGUCAGAUGUUCUGCUGGGCUGACAAGUGGAUCGACCUGUCCAUGAAGGAUAUCCGUGCAUUUGAAUAUAAAGUGCAGCAAGAUCUGAUGAAGAAAAGAUCCCAAGGAGAAGUGAUGGGUUGAGUAAGCCAAAGAAUGUGAUAAAUCUACAGCAUCAACCAGGAGCGACUGGAGCAUGAAUAGGAAAUCCUUCAUUGUCAUCAACGUUGAUGGUUUAUCCUGUGGCACAUUGUCUUGUAUGCUUAGAUACAGGAGACAGAAGGAGUAGCUAUCUAUUUUCUAAUCAUUCACUUCCAACGAAAACCGGUAGGCCCUACAUAGAUCUUGGUUGCAUUGCUGCAAUACGCAGUAAUAUUCAUGAGAACAGGUUGAGCUGAAUAUUCACUUUUUCUGUAAGUUCAUCUGGUUAUGAGCAAUAAUGCGCAAGUUUAUUAAUAUGUGGUGUAUUAACCGUUUGGAAUCUCGUCUGUGGUCGCCUUUUAAUGCACUAUGUAAUAAAUAUUUUACUACAACCUGAAAAUUGCACGUUUGUGUUUAAUUGACUUUAUUUUCAAUUUGAUCAUUUUCAAUCAACUCUCUCCAUAAGUUCUUCACAAUUUUAGUUAUAGUGCGAUUUUGACCUAAAGUGGAAUGAUUAUUAAAUGUAAACAAUUACCAACUUCUUUGAACUCUUCCUAGUGUUUGCUAAUUAUGUUCUCGACUCUGCCAUUUAAACCAUGUCCCAUUUUCUGUAGCUGGAGGCACUGGCCACCUUGAGCAGAAGCAUCCCCGCCUUGGUCGAUGCGACCGUGACGUGCGCUCUUCCUAGUCGUUCGGGAACCAGCGAAGUUCAUUUCCGACCAAAGGAGUCUCUUGCUAAGGAAACAGGUCCAGCCGGAGGCCCGUAGCCCUAUUAGGGCCGUUUCCAAUACUCAACUUCGGCUCCGUCUCAGGCUUCAACUGUUUUUUGUUUUUUUUGCUACCUGACUUUGAA